UUGAUAGUAGAGCAUAUAAUGGCGCUGCUUAGGAAGCUGGUGAGGUCAAGGCCCAGUUUAUCAUCUUCCUCUCUGAUUCCUCCGGCGAUUUUCAUCUCUUGCCGGGCACUCACUACUAAGCUCUUCGUUGGUGGACUAUCAUUCUACACUACGGAUAAGGGAUUACAAGAAGCAUUUUCUCAACAUGGUCAAGUGGUUGAAGCUCAAGUAGUAUCUGACAGAGUCUCAGACCGAUCAAAAGGAUUUGGAUUUGUAACCUUUGCUUCACUAGAUGAAGCUCACAAAGCCGUAGAGCAGAUGAAUGGAAAGGCAUUGAAUGGGCGUGUUAUAUUCGUGGAUUAUACAAAGCCCAAAUCAGAUUAUGGUGGUGGAAUGCCAAUUGCAAGAGAACCUCCACAACCGAAAGAUGACAGCUGAUUUUCUUAUCAAGGAACUUUGCUCACUUGGGGCACUUGCCUGUAACUGGAAGCGAGAUUAUACAAAUACAAAGUGCAGUCUAACAAAUGCUCGAAAAAAAUUGGUUGAAGUUUGGACUAGUAUGUGAAAAUGCUGCUUUCGUUUAUACAAUCAUA